AUGCUCACUCACUUGAAUCAGGGCGAAAGUUUCAAGGGAAAAGCAGACGGGACAGGCUGUAGACAACCUUUUGCAUAUCAUCAUCCAGAGACGUGGUCCCGUUGCGAGGCUUAUAGAGAUACUAAUAUCCUGGGCAGGGUUUUCGUUGACGAUGGUUGGCCACCUCCUGAUGUACCGCCGGUGCCGGAAGAAGGGCCACAACGUGACCCGGACACGUUUCUGGCCACAGUCAUAGGCCUUCUACCGGAGAUUUGUCCAGAAUACGCCCGGAAGCAUGGUCAUGAAUACGGAUGGAAUCCAGAACCGUUCCUCAACCGUGUCUUGGAGGAAGAAGGCAACGGCACCAAAUAUCCAAGACGCGCCAAGAAAAGGAAACGAGGCGACGAGGAUGUGGGAGACAAUGCGAAAGAGUCGAAGCUGCAGAAAUUGCACAAAAAAUAUGAGGGUCGUGUAUCCCAACACAAUAGAGACCACAACUAUACGCGCGUCUGCCGGGUACUUCUCAAGGAAGCUUUUCCCAAGGCAUAUGUAGGCGACAUUGAGGACGCCAUGUCAAAGCACAACUUUUCGGUUUACCAAACGUACUCAGCACUACAUGAGGAUUUUUCGAAACCACAUGGCGUCACCUUUCGCAGAAAAACGUUUCCCAGACACAAGAACAACAUCGAAGAGGUAGCAAUCGAUAACGAAGAUGACACUCCACCGGGCAGAGAGGCACAGCAAGAAUUUCUCGCAGCGCAGGAGGUAUGUUCAGCAAGAUUAGCCAAGGACGCCGCGGAAGAAGCCCGACAGAGGGAGGAGAGGGAAAACCUCGAGAAUGCGAAAGCAGAAGGCGCCAUCAUCGAAUGUGGGUGUUGUUUUGAUGAACUUCCCUACAAUCGCAUGGCGCACUGCGAUGGUGACACGCCUCACUGGUUUUGCUAUGACUGCGCUCGGCGGCAAGCAGAAAAUCAGAUCGGACAGCAGCGGUAUCAUCUAGGUUGCAUGUCUAUGGAUGGCUGCGAGGCGACUUUCUCCAGAGAUCAAAAAGACCUGUUCCUGGAUGACCGCCUGAAGCGUACCCUGGAGGAGAUCGAGCAAAAUGACAGCAUUCGACGGGCUGGUAUCGAGGGCCUGGAGACUUGUCCAUUCUGCAACUAUGCUGCGGAAUAUCCCCCAGUGGAGGUUAACUGGGAGUUCGAGUGUCAGCAACCAGAGUGCGGGGUGAAAAGCUGCCGACGUUGUCGUCAAGAAACUCACAUUGGCAAGUCUUGCGAGGAGGCGAUGGCUGAAGCAGCCCGUAACAAGGGUGAAGACGCCAAGCGGAAACUCGAGGAGGCCAGGUCAUUGGCUAUGAUUCGGGAGUGCUACAAAUGCAAUAAUCGAUUCAUCAAAGAAAGUGGUUGCAACAAGAUGACUUGUCCCAGAUGCAGAGCCAUGCAAUGCUACGUUUGCAGGCAGCCUUGCGAUUACAGCCACUUUGACGAUGUGCAUAGAGGUGGUAAAAAGGGCAACUGUCCUCUCUUUGAACAACAAUCAUUGGAUGAGAUUCACGACAAGGAGGCUCGGGAAGCCGAGGAGAGGGAACGAAAGAAGCUACUCGAAGCGGACCCCAGCAUUGAUGCUCAAGAGCUUGAAAUCAAGUUUGAUGAGAAGCUUUUUCCAAAACGCCAGCAGCAUGUUCAUGCUAACGGUGUGCGUGCUCCUGGAGCUUACCCCGGUCGGAUUCCGGCUCCAAUUCGGCACGCGCUUGCGGGUGCGAUAGCGCGACCCCGGGUGCGCGGGCCGAAUCAGGCCCAGCCAGGCAUGCCAGGAGCUGCACAUGUGCAGCCCGUGGGACAGGAAGCCGAUCUUCUACAGCAGUACGUAAGACUAGGACUGCCGCCGGGACCAAUACGAGACCGGUUCAUGGAGAGGUGGGGGCGCCGAUACGCGCAACUGGCAGCCCAGAGGAACCGAGGACCGGUUCAGCCACAUCAGGGCCAAGUGGUCAACGGCGGCCAUCCCAACCAAGGAAUGAACCAAGGACUUGCAGGCUAUGCUGCCCCUGGCGUCCAUCCCAACCCCUAUCCCAAUCCCCUUCCCAAUUACAAUGCCAAUCCGGCUCCCAAUCCUGCCCCCAAUCCUGCCCCCAAUCCAGUCCAGGCACCACAGGCGUUUCCGGGGUUUGGAAAUCAGGUCCUCCAUCACAACCACAACCACAACCACUACAUGCUUAACGCGCAUUUCCCGGCCAAUGUUCCAGACUGGAAUCCAGGCGGGCCAGGUCUCCUCGGCCUCGGCCUUGGCCCCCUUCCCCCAAACGAUGGAUUUGGUCUUCCCCAAAUGGCGCAACCCGCUGCGCCUAGAAUGGCCGCCCUUCCUCCUCCUGUGGCAGUCAACAACGUGCCAAACCCGAGCGUUAAUGUGCGAAGCUUUGGCCGAGCCCCGGUAGUGGCAGUACCUCCUGGACAACAGGUGCCUGUUGUCGAUCUUACUGCUGAUGAGUAG